AUGGACAUUCAAGCUGACGUCCUUCGAUUCUACAUGGCAGCGGACGUUGUCCUCGUGCCCUCCCUCAACGAAGUUCUGCCGCUGGUGAUCUGUGAGGCCAUGGCGUUCGAACGCCCCGUCGUCUGCAGUGCGAUCGAUGCCAUCCCGGAGGCUGUGGAUGAUGGUGUAGAGGGAAUCCUCGUACCACCUGGGGAUGCCGCUGCUCUGAGCGCAGCCAUUCACAGGCUCUACCAGGAUCCCGAACUCCGCAGGAAACUGGGCAAAGCCGGUCGACAGAGGGUACUUAGGCAGUUCUCUUACGACGCUAUGAUUGCUCGGUACGGGGAGGUCAUGGACGAGCUGAUCGAA